CCCUCCCUCUCACUCCUAAAAUUGCUUCGAGAGUGAGUAUUCACUCCACUCUCGUCACCUCCACUCCACUCGGCGUGUCUCUUCGCUUCCUGUCAGCCGUGGCCGUAACACACACAAACACACUAACCCUACAACUACAUGCUCCAUACAAUAACAUACACAUCUUACACACCGCCACCACUUCUACUAUCACUGCUACAACUAUUCACAAAUUAUAUACACGCCGACAGGGACGUACUUCCGAAUCUCCUCGACAAUACAAACACGCACACACAUAUCUGUCUGUCCAUUAUAUAUACACACACACACACACACAUAUAUAUAUGCACAAACACACAUAAAUAUAGUUAUAUCGGCUGGCCGUGUGUUUAUGUAUGUGGUUCUAUAUCUGUGAUAUGGUGUGAUGUGCUGUCUAUGUCUAAUGUAUGUAAUCUGUGUGUAGUAGCUGCGGUGUGGUAUGGUGUGUAUGUGUGUAUAUGCUUUAUUAUUUUAGCCGAAUGCUAUCAGAUGAUUCUCAAUGGCGUUGGUUAAGAAGAGACUAUGUUCUGGUGUGUCUUCUUCUGCUGGGCCGACCUGCGACCAGUGGAACGAGGUGGAGCAGGUGCGCGGCGGCCGAGUGGACAGCUUAUUGGAUAUCUGCGCCAAAGUUGUGGCCGAAAACAUAGCCUUCCAGUCUGUGGAACUUCGAUUUGACCGGAUACCAGAACCCGUACAAAACCGCAUCGUCUACUGGUCAUUCCCACGCAAUGAAAUGGAUAUAUGUAUGUAUUCGUCUUUGGCCAAUGCUUGCAAGGACAACGGAGAUAGCCAGAAGUUGCCCUUUCAUCACGGUGUACGACUUCUUGAGGGGAAUGCUGUAGCUAAUGUCUUACAAAUAGGGUUCCAUCUCAGUGGUACAGUCACAGAACCUGCCAACCCAUUGUAUUCCGAACCUGAAAAAACCUACAAAGUGUCUAUUAGUUUCGACCGAUGUAAAAUUACAUCAGUGAAAUGUGGUUGUGGCAAUAAAGACAUAUUUUGGUGUCAACAUGUUGUGGCUCUGUCGCUGUACCGUAUACGGAAGGCUGAUGUUGUACAGUUACGGGUUCCAAUCUCCGAAACCCUACUGCAGAUGAGCCGAGAGCAGCUGCAGAAAUUUUCACAGUAUUUAAUAGCAGAACAUCACACUGAGGUGUUACCAACUGCACAGAAAAUUGCAGAUGAGAUUCUACAGGCCAAGUCGGAAAUCAACCAAUUACCAGGUGCCCCAGACCCUACAGCAGGAGCAUCAAUAGAAGAUGAACACAGCUGGCAUUUAGAUGAAGAACAAGUCCAAGAACAGGUGAAGAGUUACCUUUCUCAGGGAGGAUAUUGUACUUCAGCCAAUCAGUUAAAUUCCAUGUUUUCAAAGGUUCGAGAAAUGCUACGGGCUCGUGAUUCCAAUGGGGCCCGCAUGUUGACAUUAAUUACAGAGCAGUUUCUGGCAGAUCCUCGUCUACUUCUGUGGAAAAAUCAGGGAACAACCAUGACAGACAAAUGUCGACAGUUGUGGGAUGAGCUUGGUGUUUUGUGGGUGUGUAUAGUUCUAAACCCUAACUGUUCCAGCAGUGAGAAAGAACAGUGGCAAUUACUGUUGCAACAGUGGUCAUCUGUCCCGCUCUGUCCUCUGGAGGAUGCAGAUGGACAGCAGGUAGAUAAUGGACAGCAGCAGCAAGAGGAAGUGGAAAAUUCUGAAGAAAACCCAGGUUCUUCACAAAGGCCGACUCGAUUAAAACCACGUACAAUAUUUCAUCGAGCACUCGAAGCUAGUCGAUUGACCUGGGAUGAUCGACACCUUCAGCUAAUCCUCAGUGAAGACUGUGGUUACCAUGAGGAUCAGUGGGAUUCUCAUUUGUUUGAUUCUCAGGGUCUGGCACUGUGGCACGAGCCCAUUCCGAUAGCUUGUGCCCGAGUUGAUGCAUUGCGUUCCCAUGGUUACAUGAAAGAGGCAUUACGUUUAGCUGUGGUCAUUGUUCGAACAAUGAAGAGACAACAGCGUCUCAAUCAAGACAAAUACCGUCUUCAGCAGUUACCUGAAGCAUUGCUUACGUCUACUUCAUCCCAGUCGAACAGAAACCAAAGAUACAAUUUGAUCUGUUGGGGUCUAGCUGGUAUCCCAGGUUCAAAUGAUGAUGUUACUGGAUACAAGACAUCAUCACAACAACAGCAACAAACUGACCAGGAAGGUUGGAUUGGUCAUCCUCUCAACCCCAUUGGUAUCCUCUUUGAUACUUUGGCUGAGGUUUCUCGUGUCACUGAUGAUACCAGUAGCCAGACAGGUGACUUCACAUCGAAUUGGUAUUCAUUUGGAAGUAACGGAGCCGCAAACAACAACAGCAACAAUAACAAUGCCAAUAUCAUCAUCAACAACAUCAUCAGCAAUAACAUCCUCAGCAAUAAUAUCAUCAGCAAUAACAACAACAACAAUAUCCUCAACAACAAUAACAACAACAAUAGCAACCACCUCAGUACCUUUCCAAAUAAUCACAGCACCCAUACUAAUGUUGGUAGCCAGAAAUAUAAACAUAUAGCUAUCCCAAAAUGUCGAGACCGGAACGAAUCUUACCUCACUCUUGCCCUAGAAGUGGCUCUCAUUGGUCUUGGCCAUCAGCAAUUGAUGCCUACUGGUCUGUAUGCACAGGAAAAAGCUUGCAAACAAGAGGAUAAACUGAUAGCAAAGCUCCAAGAGAUUGAACUCGACACAACUCUAGUUGCCAUCCUUAGAAAACAGGCUGUUCUUCUUCUGGAAGGUGGACCAACAAGUGGGCUAGGUUUAGGGGUACACACAGAGAGUUACCCCAUGCAUACAUUUGCCCAGUACCUCUUCCUGAACCUCAUCAACUAUGACCAUGCCCUUGCAUUCAGAGUAGGACUACGUGCCAUGAGAUUGCCCAUUCUGGAGCAUGAAGAUGAAGACCUUGAUGUAGUUAAUAAUAUGGCUCCCGUUGUGUUACAUCGUAUUCCACGGUGGUUUGUCCUUGGUCAUAUUGAAGCUCAACAAUGCCAACUCGCCUCCACACUCUUGGCCCAUGCUAAAAGUAAGAUGACUUUCAAAGUUUGA